UUACACUAAUAACCUACGGUAACACUGCGUGGCCUAAUAUUAUUGUGAAAAUUAUUUUGGAAUAACAAAUUCGAAGUUAACGUUUAUAUUGACCUUAAGUAAGCAUAAGCAAAAGGAAACGGCCAUGUCCAACCAGGAGACCCAGGUGUCCAGCCUGCCGAUGCCGCCGGAGCGCUACAUCAGCAACUACACAGAGGAAAACAUUCGGCGGAACCGCGCUCCCCGUCCGCCGCCCCCGCCGUCACAGCACGAAGUAUAUAGCAUGUUUGGGAUCCAGUACAACAACGACGAGAUGAUCCGGUCUCUGGAGUCGCAGAACAUCAAGCGUCUGAUUCCCAUUCACUUCGACAGGCGCAAGGAGCUCAAGAAGCUGAACCACUCGCUGCUGGUCAACUUUCUGGACCUGAUCGACUUCCUCAUCUUAAAUCCCGACAGUAUUCGACGCACGGAGAAGAUAGACGAUCUGAGUCUUCUGUUUGUGAACAUGCAUCACCUGCUCAACGAAUUUCGGCCCCAUCAGGCUAGGGAAACGCUGCGCGUCAUGAUGGAAAUGCAGAAGCGACAGCGCGUGGAGACAGCCACUCGUUUUGAAAAGCACUUGGAGCGGGUGCGCGAGAUAGUAAAUACGGCUUUUUCAGCACUACCUGUUCUGGGCGAUGACGAUGAGAAUGGCGGGGCUAAGAUCAAGACGGAGGUGGAUCCGUUGGAGACGAAUGCAGCGGCCAAGAAUGAUCCCAGCUACCAGCAUGAUCGUAUGUUGUGCAAGCUAGUGGACGCCAUCGAAUGAGGUGGACGGACAGAAGACUGGACACCGGCACGGGACAAGAGUUUGUGUCAAUCAUUGUGAAUGGCUUGAAAAAGAGGAACCUCUUAUAUAUUUAUAACUGCUUUUAGUGUAAGAAAUAAAACCCAAAUUGUGUGUGUGAUGAGAA